GCCGCCGGCUCCGGGCCCGCCGCGCUGCGCGGGGCGCGGCCGCUCCGGCCCGGGGCGCGGGGCCGCUCCGCCGCCGCGGGGCUGCGCACGGCAGAUGCACCGAGUCCAGCUGAAAGCACCGUGAGCGAGAGCCGCUGGGCUGGUGGCCGCGUGACUGAGGCAGCGCGGCACCAUGCCUGCGGCACAGCGGGUCCUCCUCUGCUCGGUGACCAUGUGGCUGCUCCUGCUGAGCCUCCUCCUUCUGGCCUCCUGCCUCCGCUCGGCCGCCGCGUUCCCCAAGGGCUGCUACCCCUCAGAAGAGGAGGGGCUGAAGACCUUUCGCUGCAGCAAUGCUCAGCUGACCGAGGUCCCCAGAGACAUUCCCAAUGACACCAACAAGCUCUACCUGGACUCCAACCGAAUCCCCUUCCUGCCCCGCGACGCCUUCCGGGACCUGCCACUCCUGCUGGAGCUGGAUCUGUCCCACAACGCCAUCGCCGGUGUCGAGAGCGGGGCUUUCCGGGGCCUGGCAGAGCACCUGCACUCUCUGGACUUGUCUUCCAACAGGCUGGUGUCGGUCAGCAAAGAUGCCUUUAGCAACCUGAAGGCCAAGGUCAACCUUUCCGCCAACCCCUGGCUGUGUGACUGUCGGCUGCAGGAGCUGAUCCGCACGGUGGACCUGGUGGCCGGCUCCUCGGGUGGCAUCGUGUGCGACUCCUCCACACAGGAGGAGCACGUCGGCAAAGCCUUCCUGCAGGUCAUCGCCGACACGGACUUCUGCAACGUGUACAAAAAGACCACGGACAUCGCCAUGCUGGUCACCAUGUUCGGCUGGUUCGCCAUGGUGAUCUCCUACUUGGUCUACUACGUACGGCAGAACCAGGAGGAUGCCCGGCGGCACCUGGAGUAUCUCAAGUCUCUGCCCAGCAAGCAGCGGAGGUCGGAGGAGUCGUCCACCAUCAGCACCGUGGUGUGAGGCACCGGCAUCCUGCAGGACAUGGGGACCUGCGGAGCUGGGGAUCAGCCGCUCCGCAGCCAUGCCAUGGCUGCAGGAGCUGCCACGAGCCGCCGUCAUCGCACAGAAAUGGUCACGGAUUUGUUCCGUUGUCCUUGGAGAAGCAGCAUCUGGCAGCGGGAGCCGCGGCUGGUGAGCGCCUGGCUCUGGUGCAGCGAGGGGUGAAGCGGCUGUGGCCGGGGGCGGUCAUUGGCAACGAGCCAAGAGCAGCCGCGGCAUCACCCGCUGCCUCUGCGGUAUGGACCGGAGAGCCCCCGAGCAUCCCCCCGGCACGCGGCUGUUGCUCCGACCAACCUGGACAUUCAGACUUGGUUUAGAACUUUUCUAUUUCCUUUGCAGAGAUCCCUUGGGGCGUUACCGAAAUCAGUGGUUUAAUCCCUCCCCGGCUCACCCGCAGGCCUGGCCCCCAGGCAGCGGCACGGCCACCCGGCCAUGCCAGGACAUGGGCUGUGACCAGAGCCCAGCGGGACCAAGGGACAGGGCGGGAGGGGGGGACACACGGGUUGGGAAAGGCAAGAGGCAGGUUUGGGGGAGCCCCGCUCCAGCUCUUGUGCUGGAUGGUGCCGCCCCAUCUCCCAUCUCAGUCCCUGCUGCUCCCCGCUCCUUUCCUGCCCCCCCUGGGCCAGGUGGAGCGAGGGGCGCGGGGGGCUCCACUCGGAGACGGGGUGGCCGGGGGGUAGACCCAGCACCCUCCCGCGCGGAGCGCGCCAUUCCUGUAACAACCAAACGGGGAAUAAGAGGCAAAUGGGAAAUGGGCUCGUGGGGCUGAGCCCUCUGGGGCCACCAAGGGAUGAAGGUGCUGAUGGAGGGGAACCGAGGGGUCCGGGCGGUGGGUCCAGCCCUGCCGGGCUGUUGGGGAGUGGGUUUCCCCUCGGUGCUCCCCAGGGACCAUGUGGGUGGGUGGCAGCCCGUCACCAGCCUGCUCCCACCCGCUGCUGGAGGAGCGCUCCCACCUCUCGCCCAAGGACUCACAAGCUGCCGACCGGUCACUGUGAUGGGACGCGGGGAUGGCGGGAGCCGCUGCGGCUCCUCUGCCCUCUCCCCACUCCCGCGCCGCUGGCAGGAGCCUGAAUCUCCCCCAAAAUUUCCCAGCGUCCCUUCUUGACCCUUCCAGGAUUGGGCUGCGGGUUCCCGGGGUGGGUGGGUAGAGGCGAGGCCGGGGCGCGGGAGGCUGGUGCAGGUGGGGGUCAGCGCCCACCUCUGGGCAUGCAGGGUCCGAGCGGUGACUCCGAGCAAAGCCAGAGCAGACCCACACUCUCCCAAGGGAGUGCCUGGCCCCUGAGAGCUGGUUUUGCUGGGUUUGCCCUUUUUAAAAACCAACUGAAGCAAAAUUGCCUUAAUUCACCAAGAGCACCAACCAAAGCUGCUUGAACAUCCCCUGCCCCGGACCAGCCCUGGCUCCGGCUACCCCGGCACAGCCAGGCCCAGCUCGGCCCCGGUGUGGGCAGCACGUUUGGCUCUGGCCGCAGCUGCUGCCCCGGUGCCGUGGGAUGGAGCUGGCCGGGAGCAGUGGCCGUGCCCUUCCGUAAGUGCCUACUUGCCCAGCGCAGCCCAGGGGUUCUGCAAUGCACAAGCGCCUCAGUGAGCCCCCGCUCCGAGCCCGGCCCCCCGGCCCCACAGCCCCCCGGCGGCUCCUCUCCCCAUACAACUGGCUGUGGAGGAGAGAAGGGGCUGGGGGGGACUGGACCAAGGCACCGCCAGCGGCUGCACCGUGGGUGCUGCUCCCCACGGGCGUCCCCGCACAGCCACGCUCACACCAACGCGUGGGGGAUGCCCGGGACCACCUGACCCAACGUGUGUUUUGUUUAAGGGAACUUUUACGGUCUUUAUACAACAAUAAAGUUGGCUUUUACUUU